AUGAUCUUCUCCCCUGAGGGCCUCCCAGGGCCUGGCCAUACUGGGCGAGAGGCACUGGGCACACACGGCAGCCUGGUCAUCAGAAAUGUGACAGCUCUAGACUCGGACAACUAUACAGUGGUGCUGGAAACCAUCGAGGGAUGCAGAAGUGCGACAGGGCAGAUGCACGUCGAGCCCAGCCGUGACCCGGUGUUGCUACCGACAUUUCCAGAGACUAUCCAGGGUGUCAUCCAGAGUGACCUCAACUACUCAGUGGUCUUGAAGUGUCUGACUGCAGUCAGCCCCAACCCCGUGCUGCACUGGACCCUCAACGGGCAGCCCUGUGGGACCGGGUCGAUGCUGAUCAUCCGGAAAUUGUCCUGGCAGCACCUGGGGACCUACACGUGCACGGCCAAGAACAGCCAGGAAGAGCAUUCCUCCAAGUCUGUGACCAUCUCACUGUCGCAAGGCAACGUGGAUCCCACAGAUGCUGAGCCUAUUGAGCCGAACCCCAUUUUCUCUCUAUCGGGAAGAUCUGCCAUCGCCCUCGUCAUAGCUGGAAACCUGGGGAUCCUGAUAGUGAUCGCAGGCAUGGGCUUCACCAUCAUCCAGAGCCAAAGGACGGAGAGGCAAAGAAUACGGAUAUGCAGCUGA